CGCUCUAUGCAAACCUUCAGAUAAAUGGCGAACGGAAGGGCAAACUGUAAACAAGCAGAACUGGACAUUAUUUGUUUUUUAAAAAAAGGAGCCAAAUGACUUUUGACAAAAUACUCCAACUUUACUAAUGUCGAGUCAAAAUACAAUUGGAAACAUUCGAUAUGCUGGAGUUAGCUCGCAUUUGAACUAAUUCAGCGUGUGUACCUUAUCUAGGCCCAAAGUUGCGCAGACUGGGAAUCGGCAGUGUUGUAAUGUAAUCGGGGGCGUACAACUCUCAUCAUUAUUAUAACUUUAAAACGCAACAUACACGUUUAUAUUACUAAUUUUGCUGCACCCAAACAGUAACAUGAGUACAGACUCGGAGAGCAGCAAGCCGUCCGAAAUUAACCAGAGGAAAAGAAGUGCAAAUCCGAGUAAGGAGUGUGACUCCGGACUGCCCAAGCAGGCGAAAGUAAGUGAUGAGGAACCGAUAGAGAAACAGUCUGAUGGUGGUGUUGAACCCGGGAAAGUUGGGAAUGGUGAGCCAGAACAUGGAGGGAAGCUUCCUGAAGCCGCUGCGGAGAGGGUGAGCCUUCAAAUAGGCGAGAGAGAGUUCCAGUCCUCCGCUUCCAGUCGAGAGGAACCGUCUGAUCCUGCAGCCAUCGCCGCAGCAGAAGCGCUUGCCAGUCUGACCGGUGGCGACGGGGAUGAUGACAGCAAAGAAAUGCCCUGUUCAUCCAGCCAGGUAAGGCGAGAGAAAUCCAAGGAUAAAUCCAGUCGUCCCAGUUACACCAAGGGGAGCGAGAGAAGGGCUCAGCCAACAGAGGCAGCCGCGGCGGACAGCUCCUCAUCCCUACUGAACUGCGAGGACAGAGAAAAUCCGGAGCAGGCAAUGUUUUUGAAUGAUGAUGAUGAGGAGGAGGAAGAAGAUGACGACGACUCCCUUACUGGGUCGUCCUCCACGGCUAGCUCGUCGGCCGCCUCUGACAAUGAGGAUAACGAGGACGGCGAGUGUGCUAUAGUGUCGGUGAAGAUGGCCCCAGAGGUGCGGCAGUCCGUCGCGCUGCUCGCACAGGUGCAGAUGCGGCUGGAUGCGCUGGUGAAGAAAAACGCACGUUUGCAUCAACGCCUGGAGAUGAAACUGAGCCGCCAGCGACGCCCUCACCUGGACCAGCGCAGCGCCAUCAUUCAGGCUAUCCCUGGCUUCUGGGUCACUGCUCUUCUGAAUCACCCACAUCUGUCAGCACACAUUGAUGAGACUGAUGAAGACGCUCUUAGCUACAUGAUUAAUUUAGAGAUAGAGUCUUUCAAGAACAACAAACUUGGAUACCGCAUUAGCUUCCAUUUCCGGCGAAAUCCGUUCUUUCAAAACAAAGUUAUCAUGAAGGAACUCCAUCUAGGAGUGGAAGGGUCUUCGGUGUCCUUCUCAAACCCGAUUUUGUGGCACAGAGGCCAGAAUCUGGUCGGAAGUGGGGAACCACGUCGAACAUCACAGGGAGUCUACCAGAGCUUCUUCCAUUGGUUCAGUGACCACACCAAUCCAGGACGGGAUGAGAUAGCACAGAUCCUGAAGGAAGACCUGUACAGAAACCCUUUGAGGUACUAUCUGACUCCUCUCUGGGAGCCACGAGAGAAUGGCAGCGCUCCCAAACUUCAGAGCAGCAAUAAUGGAGACGAGUGUGUGAUCAUCUCUGAUUCAGAUGAAGAUCAAGAGGAAUCAAACAGCCAAAACUUGAACCAGGGACAGGAGGAAGAGGAUGAUGACCAAGUUGGAGGGUCGGAAGAAAAUGACAGAGAGGAGGGGGAAUCUUCCUAUGAGGAGAGGGAGGAAGUGGACAUUGAGGAAGUGGAUGUGUCACGUGACUCUACUGGCUGUGAGGUCAGAGAGCAAGGACAGGAAAAAGAAGAUAUUGAUGUAGAUGAAGGGGAAGAUGAAGAUGAGAGUUAGGAGUUAGUGGAGUUGUCACAGUUUCUUUUUAUGCAGAAAAGCAUUCUUGGAUCAUUAUUUCUGUCUGUAUUUUACUGACAUUUGUGUUCUGAAUAAAUUAAGACUCUGUUUCAAUUAGUAACUGGUUGGCAGUGCUUAACCAUGUCUUUAUUGUAGAUGGUACUUUUCAUGUUUCAUGAUUUGUAUUUUAUAGCAAAGAUAAUGAAUAUACAGGUUUGUGUUCACUCCUCCCCAAAACCCCUUUUUUUUUUCUUUUUCUUUUUUGUAGUUUCCUUAAUAAUUCAACAUGUUUAUAUUGCAUUUAUAACAGCAUGAACAAAUUUCACAGAGAGGGCUACUAAAACUCAUUAAAGAGUGUCACCCAUACAACACUUGCUGUUUAAAGCUUGGGAUUUUACACUGCACUAUUUAAGAAAGGAAAUAGAUUUGGGGAUGUUGUAGAGUGUGAAUUCCUGAUUCAAUUUAUAUAUAUAUAUAUAUACACUUUGUGGUAUGGAAUUUAACCUGCACAUAGUAUCGGAGUAUAGUUUUCAUACCAAGAAGUUACAUAAUCAUUACCAGUGAGAAAUGUUUCUGUAUGUAGGCUUUAGAACCUAGUUAUAUUUUUCACUCUGUGCUCUAAUGGCACUUUUUCUUUCUUUUUUGUUGUUUAUGUUACAGGUUCUUUUUGAGAUUUCCUCUACUAAUUAUAUAAACUAAUCCUAACAUCAGGAUGUUACCUUGAUAUGAAACUACUUUUUGUUAUUGUUCAUAAGCUCCUACCAACACGUGUUUGAUGACAGUUUAGCGCUGUAGGAUGCAGCUUCACUUUUUAAAGUGAUAAAUAAGGGGGACAAAAUCCCAAACAUUCUCAAAUGCACUUCAUUCUGAACCAAAACUAGACUUCUCAGGGAUGUUAACUCCUAUUUGCUAUUCUCCUUAGACGUCCUUUCCCUUUAAGUUUCAUUCUUUCAAGUUUGUUCAUUAAUAAUCAUGUUGUCUUGUUCAUGUAUUUAAUACAUACUAACAUGUUAUGAAUGUUUAUUGUGCAUUGAUGAACAAUUUGAAAAUAAUUGUACCGUUAUCUUACCGUUUUCUCUUGUUUACAUAAGCAGCUAAAAUCCUGAUAGUUAGUACCUCUGCCAUGAUGCUCAGUGUCAUGUGAUCCUUAAAACUACUUUUUUGUCAUUUUAUAGGAAAUGAGUUGGAUAUUUACACACUGUCAACACACACGCACAUGUUAAUAUUUAUGAACUGUAAUGAAUAGCAAUUUUAUUGACAUAUAAAUGAGCAAAUGUGUAACAGCUUUACAUAAGGCUUUUUUUAGUUGACAGCAUGUGUUUUGCUCCAUUUAAUGCUUAGCUAAUGUUGUUAUAAUAGUGAAUAUGUAAACAUUAGUUCGUUUUGACUACAUCUUUCAUUUCAUGUAUUUCUUAUAGUGCUUUUAUUUUUUGCAAUAAUCUAUUCUUUCUUAAUUGGUUUAAUCAGUUAAUCGGUGUGGAAAUCAAAUGUUAUCAUAGGAUGAAUUUUUUUUUUUUUUUUUUUUUUUAAUCUUGUUUAAAAAUGCAAAAAAAAAUGUAUUGCAUUGAUUUUGGAGUUUUGGCUUUUAAAAGUUUGGUUUAAAAAAAUGUGAAAAGGUAUUGUAAAGUCUGGAUUCUGUUUGGUUUUUCAGCAAGGCCAGUAAUAUGUACAUAGGAAUUUUCCCUUUUAAAAUGGGGUUGUAAUUUGUUAUUGAAUUAUCGGGGUAGAUUUGACCUACAAUAUCAAAAAGAAAAGCUAUAUUUUGUGUGCUAAAUUUUAUAGAUCACUACCAUUUUUUUUUUAAAACAGUGUAUUUGUUUGGUUUUUGUUUUCCAAGUGGAAUAAAGUUUUUGUUUUGCUUUUCAAUCAUAAUGUAUGUG